CUCUCGCCUCCACCGCGUAAACUCCUAGCAAACCAAGCUAAUCCAUGGACUACCUAGCUCCGCUCCCGUCGUUUCGGGGCCUUGAGGAACCAUGCUAAUUUUUUCUUCUCUCUCUCUCUCUGCGACCAAGAUCUGGCUACGCCUCCAGUUUUUUUUUUUUCUUUUCUUCCCGUUCGAACCGGAAGCCCAAAAACUUUUCCUAGAGUGGGCUUCUGGGGGGGUUUUUCCCUUUCCUUUUCUUCUGGUCCCGACUAGCGCUAAAAAGAGUCAGAGGGGGGAAAAAAAUCAAAGCCCUGCGUACUGGUGUGAACGUAGACUACGUACCCUUUGUCCCUCAAGUGAGAGGAAGAUCUGGUUUCCAUUUCAUACGCGCCGCUUUGCGAGUGCAACGCCGUCGUUCAGCCAUGGGGGGGCAUGGGGGAGGAAACCUUUUGCAUGUCAGGAGGACACUGCAAAGGCCUGUUCGUUUCUGUCUUGUUGCUCUGCCCAUCCACUUGGCGAGAGACUAACACCUCCUCUCCACUACCACCACUCACACACCCUAUGCCUCUCUCCCCAGGGCAUUGCCUAUAAUAACCUUGGCCUCCUCUCACUUGUGUCUCACGAGGAUCCCCUUCUCAUCAUUGACACAUCCAAGACACCCAAGGCACCCCUAUACACCUGUCACGUCCUGUGAGUUCAGACGACAUUUGUGGUCGACAUAUCACUUACACCCCGCCCAACAUCACCACCACUACCUUUGCCUUACACCUCAAACUCGGCCACCAAUACACAAAACCACAAAAAUGCCUUCCCAGAUCCUCAUCACCGAGCCUCACCCAACCGUGGCACCAAACACUUACACCUACUCUGGCCGCGGUGGCGCAGGCAAC